UCUCUUUCCCUCCCUCAUCUUUCUCGCCUCUCUCAGUUCAGUGCAGUUAGGUGUGCUGAUACGUCCAUCAGAGUUCUUACUUUUCUCUCUCAAGAUGUCCUGGACUCAAAUCUUUGUGCUCUCUUCACUGACCACCCUCCUCAUCCUCACCUUUUCCAGUGUGGACAGCGCAGCAGUCCGGGACGAUUCAAAAGCAGGCGAUACUAAAGGGGCAGCACCACAGGUGUUCAUGCCCGAGUCGGACGCCUCCAACUUCUUCAAGCGCCGCAGUCGCCGCUCACCCCGAUAUUACGCUGAGCUCCAAGCCGAGCAGAGGGUAAGGCUUGCUGUGAAUGAGCGGAGGAGGGAGUACAAUGAGGAGCAAAGGGACGAGUACGAGAACUACGUUGAGGAGGAGCGUGAUGAGCAAAAUAGCAGAAUGAGAUCGAGGGAGAAGAAUGAGCAGUUGCGCGAGUUUCACUACGAUGGCCUUUAUCCUCGCUACCACUGGUUCCACUGAGCUGUCGCAUGGAGGGCAGCCCCUCUCAUUGGAGCAGUGCAAAUACUGCCAUAAGCUUUAACCUGUAGCAGAGCAGAGAUUCCUUACACUUUGAGGGCUUAAGUUCUCUGUAUUUUUCCCUACUUUAAUAAAGGUUUUCUUUUCUCUUUUUUUUUUUUAAAAAUAAAUUGUGCAAUAUGUCUCCAUGUCAAUAUGUAAAAAUAUGUUUAAAGUGUAGUUUCUGUAAGCUACACUUUACCAUAUAAAAUGUAGGUUAUAUCUUC